AUGGGCGAUCGCGACCUGUUCUUCGAGCGGGCAAGCAAGGAUGGAAAAGGCGGCGACUGGUGCAUUAUGGAGAAGAUUGAGGGCGAGCUCGAACCUGUUCCUGCCCAAUUCGUCCUCGCGAUGAAAUUGUCCGCCUACUUUCUCACCAUCGCCAACAAGUCAACCAUCAAGACUUACAACGUCAACGGCGGUCCUUGCCCCCUCAUGUCCGAUGAAUGCAAGGAGGCACUCGUCACCUUGAGCGAGGGCUUCAACAAGUUAGAUGUCGAACGGGACAUCAGGUUUAAACUCAUGUUCCCCCUCGUCGCGUUCAAGCACGAUGCGGAUCAGCAAGAUGUCAAUGCGGCAGGCUCCAAGGAACUGGUCUUCCCAGAGGUCUAUGAUGCGCGCGGCCAGGCCACCAUCAACGACGCCCCCAAGCUCGCCAAGUACAAGGACCUCGCCGGGAAUCCUGACGUGGCCAUCGUCUUCACUCCCAAGGUAUGGUCUCCGGGCGGCGGCAUCAACGCUUUCGUCGGGGGCCAGCGCGCCAAGAAGGACGAUGAUGGAAACCCCGUUGACAAGACCCAGUGGUCGGUGUCCUUGUCCUUCGUAUCCAUCACUCUCCUCGGUCACAGCGGUGGUGGUGUUCCGGACAUGGCUCAGACGCCUAAGAAGGCGAGAAGGGUUUGA